CUCGUCUGGCUGUGUGCAUUGGAGGAGUGGGUAGCACAUUCCAAGGCCAGCACUGGGACGCAUACAGAGCAGCCUUGUCCUGCAGAAUAGAAAGCAAUGACUGGGCACUGGGCAUCUAGACCUGGCAUUAGAAACCUGACGCUGGGGAUCAUGCUGGCUCUGGUACUGAUGGUGUUAGCAUCCAGCGUAGUGAAUGCACACGCAGCAACAGGUCAGCCGAAAGACCAAGCCAAAAAAUAUAAAGGAGCAGGGACAACGUCCAACCUGAGAAACAUCGUCAUUGGGCGUUGCUACCACUACAUGUCUCUAUAUCCCGGCAUUGGGGAUAAGAACUGCACUGAUGUCUGGCAAGAACUACUUGAUGCCGUACAGAGAAAAGAUCCAUGUAAGGUCGCUGAAGAAGAUUACAAGCGUCUAUCACUUGUGGCUGCACAGACCAUCCCAUGCAAUAAGACUCUCCUAUGGAGCAGGACCAAUGACCUUGUUCACCGUUACACAAAAGCCACAGAAAAGUUCAUCACAUUAGAAGACACAUUCCUAGGCUUCGUCUUCAAUGGUCUUAUGUGGUGUGGGAAACCUCUUAGACCAGGAAUGAACUUUAAGUCUUGUCCUGCCUGGAAUGAAUGUGACAAGAACUCAAUUUCCUCGUUCUGGAAGAUGGCAUCUGCUGCAUUUGCGCGAGAAUCCUGUGGAGUAGUAAAUGUGAUGCUAAACGGUUCAGCAGAUGGUGAUAUUGCCAGGAAAGAAAGUAUCCUAAGAACUGUGGAAGUCCCCAAUAUGGACCCAACAAGAGUCUCUGAAGUGAAGGUUUGGGUAAUAGACGACAUUCAAGGAGAGGACAAAAAUUCAUGUGACAGCAAGACCUUAUUAGAACUAAAAGAUUACAUUGAAGGCCACAAGCUGCAAUAUUCCUGCAUUGACAACUACAGGCCGGUCCAAGCCCUGCAAUGUGCUGACAAUCCUGACCAUGCUGCCUGCAAUCGCUGCAAUUACCAAUAAGUUAACUCAUUGCUAAGUAAAAAAAAAGGAUGAUUUACCUGCAUUUUGUUACCUGAUAUCAUGCGCUUUGGCCUUUCCAAGGUAUAUGUAAAAUACUUGGUUAGUAAAGAUCAGUGGCUCAGAUUAAUUUAAAGGGGUAUUCCAGGAAAAAACUUUUUUUUUAUAUAUAUAUAUAUCAACUGACUCCAGAAAGUUAAACAGAUUUGUAAAUUACCUCUAUUAAAAAAUCUUAAUCCUUUUAGUACUUAUGAGUUGCUGAAGUCGAGUUGUUCGUUUCUAUCUUAGUGCUCUCUGAUGACACGUGUCUCGGGAACCGCCCAGUUUAGAAGCAAAUCCCCAUAGCAAACCUCUUCUACUCUGUGCAGUUCCCGAGACAAGCAGAGAUGUCAGCAGAGAACCCUGUUGCCAGACAGAAAACAACAACUCAACUUCAGCAGCUGAUAAUUA